AUGACAUCAAACACCCCCGCGACGGCUUACCCGUGGGAAUGCCGGGACAAGGAAGACCAGGCUAAGGCCGCCUUUAACCAUCCUCUCCGCCGUGCAAAUCAGUCUCUCACUGAAGAGAACAUGAAACUCAAGCGUAUUCUGCGCGAAAACGGCAUUUCCUGGUCCUCUGUCGCUCUGAACCACAUGAAUCAAGACAAUCCUUUGAAGCGCAAGACCCGAUCUUCUAUGACCGCUCAGGAGCUCGGUCAUCCAUACCUUCCUAUGGAAGUCAUUCUUCGUAUUCUGAAGUUUGCUAUGAAAUCUCCUUUCCCAAUUGUCGAUCCUCUGUCCCCCCUUACACCUGAGAACAUGUCUGACAAAGAGAAAACGCGAGGCAACCAGAUUGCCAUUAAUUUCCUGGCUACCUGCAGAGCUCUUCACCUUGAAGGUACUCGAUACCUGUGGGAGUCGAACAACUUCACUUUCACAACUCCUCAAGCUGUUCGCACCUUUGCCGAGCUUCCCGUCAAAUUUCGUCAGGGUAUUACGCAUGUCACCUUUCGUGUUAUUGCACGAUACUAUGACGAUCAGCCUUGUCGUCGACACAAACUGGACCGCUGUUAUCACGGCGAUUUGAAGAAGGACCACGUCUUGAAAGUUCAGCAACGUCCAACCGAGUCUCCUCUCGUUCGUGGUGGCUUCCGGUGCUACACUUGGAACCAGAUUGUCGACUUUCUCGAGGGGCUUCGUGCACCCUUCGAUCCGAGUUACCGAAACAGGAAACAGCCACGACCACGAAUGCUGCCUUCUCUUGUGUCUCUGCGCCUGGACCUGGUGAACUUUUCCGACACCCUUCUCCCCUUCUCCGGAUCCGAGCUUCACGAUAUUUGCUCUCAUGAACUCGGCUGCACCCUGAACGAGCUCCAAGUCACGGGUAUGCCCUUUGAUGAUACUGGAAUGAAAGCAUCUGCCGAAAUGAGCGGCAUGCUCAAAGACGAAGGUUUGUAUCUUGAUGGCCCGGCUUCCUAUAUGGCUCACUCUAGGCAUCUUCAACCUCUCUCUGGCAAGAAAUGGUGUGCCCGAGUGAUUCGAGCGUGGAAGCCCAAGGAUGAUGAUGACGAAGACAGUGAAAACGAUUCGGAUACUGUUCAUGGACACUCACACAGCCAUGUCAGGCUUGGCGCUUUGCCUCCUGCACCCAACGAAGAGGGCCAUCCAGCUUCAAAUCGCGACGAAGAAACAGUCAUUUGGAAACGAGUGCCGAUCUCUAGAGACAUGGAGAAGCGGGAUUGGGUCCAGUUUUCUCGCUCUAGUGGAUACGAGAUUAGCGAUGUCGAUUGGGACAGCGACGAGGAGGGUAUCUGCCCCUGUUGCGGAGAAUCCCACCCAGGCUCGUCCUUCCUGGAGAUUCUAAUGGAUGAAGACCUUGCUGACUGA